CAUUUCCAGGUUCGGUAGAGAAGGAAGGGGGAACGAGCGAGUUGUUGCACGACAGGUCGCAGCAGCUGUUUGGUCCUUGCUUAUUUGGUUCCGCCUAUCAACACGCCCUUGUCCCUGUAAUAAAUAUCGACUACCACAGCUCACUGGGGCCAGUUUUCUGCUUCUCUCUCCCUGCUGCCGCUGCCGCUCCCGCCUGUUCCCUAGACCGAGGUGCCCACCCCAUCUCUUCCACUGUGAGAAGACCAUGGACACAGAAAUUGAACAGCAAGAAGAGACUUCUUUUAGCAACACAGAGACUAACGGUAAGCGCCCUGCUGAGGAUGCAGAUGAGCAGAAAUCAUUCAAGCGCUCCAGGAACUCGGACGAGAUGGUUGAGCUUCGCAUACUCCUGCAGAGCAAAAAUGCAGGAGCUGUAAUCGGAAAGGGUGGCAAAAACAUCAAAGCUCUGCGUACAGACUACAAUGCCAGUGUGUCAGUCCCAGACAGCAGUGGGCCUGAGCGCAUCCUGAGCAUCAGUGCCGACAUCGAGACAGUUGGAGAAAUCCUGCUCAAGAUUAUCCCAACGCUGGAAGAGUACCAGCAGUACAAUGGAAUGGAUUUUGACUGUGAGCUACGUCUGCUGAUCCACCAGAGCCUUGCUGGCUCAAUCAUCGGGGUGAAGGGAGCCAAGAUCAAGGAGCUCCGGGAGAACACAAAGACCAGCAUCAAGCUGUUUCAAGAGUGUUGUCCUCAGUCGACAGACCGGGUGGUGUUGGUAGGCGGUAAAACGGAGAGGGUCGUGGAGUGUAUCAAGACUAUGCUGGAGCUCAUCUCUGAGGCUCCCAUAAAGGGCCGUGCACAGCCCUAUGACCCUAACUUCUACGAUGAAACAUAUGAAUAUGGUGGAUUCACCAUGAUGUUUGAAGAGAGGGGGGGUGGCCGUAGGCUUAUGGGAGGGUUCCCCAUGCGUGGGGGCAGGUCCAGUGGUGGAGACCGUGGGUUUGACCGAAUGCCCUCUAGCAGAGGGGGACGGGGACCCAUGCCUCCUUCCCGUCGUGAUUACGAUGAAAUGAGCCCCCGCCGAGGUCCUCCUCCGCCUCACCCUAGUAGACUUGGCAGGGGGAGUAGCCGUGGACGCAACAUGCCUAUGGGACACCCACACAGAGGAGGAGAUGAUCGUUACUAUGACUCGUACCGUGGCUCAGAUGAAAGGUCAACUGACAGAAGAGGCAGACCGGAUCGCUAUAGCGAUAACAUGAGUGGUGGAGGAUAUGACAACAGUUCUUCCUGGGAUAGUUACCAGUCAGGUGGACGUGGCUCCUACAGUGAUAUGGGCGGCCCUGUCAUCACCACACAAGUGACAAUCCCUAAAGAUCUGGCUGGCUCUAUCAUAGGUAAGGGAGGCCAGCGGAUCAAACAGAUCCGUCACGAGUCUGGAGCCUCCAUCAAGAUCGAUGAGCCUCUGGAAGGUUCUGAGGACCGAAUCAUCACCAUUACUGGCACCCAGGAUCAGAUCCAGAACGCCCAGUACCUUCUACAGAACAGUGUGAAGCAGUACUCUGGUCAUUUGCUGUAGACCCAGGAGACUCAGGUUGAAGCAGACUCAGAUUGCCCCCCCCCCCCCCAAACCUUUCUGCCCCUGUCCAACACAUCCCCUUCAGACUAUUAUUCUGGAUUGUGGGUGUCUUUUUUGAAUUUUAUUUUUGUAUUUUUUAAUGAAAUAAAUGUCCAACAUUCCUGUGCAUAAAAUAAAAUUUAGAUGUUCUGCAUUUUUAAGAGUGUAGUCCAUUAGAUUAUCAGAUAAAGUUUGCUUUUUUCUUUGUUUUUUUUUAACACAUUUAUCAAAAUAUUCUUCAGUCUCCCAAUCGGAAAAAACAAACAUAACCUUUAUUUUUUGAUGGUUUUG